UGUCAGCACACCGGGGCUGAUCUGGAAGCCGCGGGGAGGGAGGACUCUGCAGGCUGAUUAUUCCGCUGCUCCGGAUCACGGUGGCGGCAGUGUACUGUCCCUUUGUCAUGAGACACAGCUUCUCCUGAAGACCACGUGACUUCAAUACGUCAUUUCUCCAUCAAGUCGCCCAAAUGGACCCUCACGUGUUCCCGCCCCCCCUGAGCAGCAGCCAGUCGAUGAUGAGCGGCUUGGACAAAUCCCCGGCCAGCGGAUUCAAACCUGGUCACUCACGGAACAACAGCACCGGGUCUUCCCGGCACUCCAAACAGUCUCAUCACUGGGAGGUGAUGGAUGACCUGCAGCAGAUGGAAGCAUGUUCAGUGCCCGGCUCCUCAACGGACCUCAGUAUUCCCGGGAUCUGUGAGGGUUUUCUGAUGAAGAGGAGGAAAUACCCUCUGAAAGGCUGGCACAAGAGGUACUUCUUGUUGGAGAGGGGAAUCCUCAAGUAUGCCAAGACACAGCAGGACAUCCAGAGAGGGAAGCUGCAUGGUUCUCUGGACAUCAGUGUGGUUGUGAUGUCCGUCAACAAGAAGUCCAAACGGAUCGACCUGGAUGCUGGAGACAACCUCUACCACAUCAAGGCCAAGAGCCAUGAUCUCUUCUACAUCUGGCUGACCAAGCUGUGUGCGCAUCGUGUCUUUAAGAAGAACGAGGCCGUGUGUGUCCAUCAUGGCGUCCUCCAUGCUCUAUCCUUUGGGCAGGGCACCCUGCCGGCCAGCCUGGCCCAAAGAAACCAAGCCAAGCUGCCACACUACGCCAGCUUGGCAUCUGUGCACCAAGCGGAGCUCGGCAUCCCGGCGGCUGCCGUGACCUCUCAAGCUGGCGUCACCAGCAAGGUGUCAGCCUGGCUCCAACAGACCCACGACACCGACGCAACGUCACAGGAUCUGACUCGCUGUCAUGUGGAGCUGGCGGAACUGGCCCAGCUCAUACAGAAAUUCCAUUGGCUGGAAGGAGACUUGCCAAUCACAAAGUCAGACCUGGAGAUGAGAAUCAGCAUGCAGAACCUGUCUCUGGAGAAACCCAAGAAGAAGAGUGGGAAGGUGUUGGGUCACUCCAGAACCCUGUCCCGGGUAGAAGCCAUGGGUGGGAUGUUCACAUCCAGCCACCUGAGCACCGCUACCAGUUCUGGCCACUUGGGAAAGUCAGUGCAGUCUAUCCCAGAAUAUGUGUACUCCCAACUGUCCAAUCCACAGGUCACCUCCCCCGAGGCCAAGAAAAUCCAGCAGGACAUCUUCACUGUGGCCCAGAAGAUUCAUACCUCGCUGAAGUCGGUCCAUGAGGUUCUGACUCUGGAGAGAGAGAAGCUGAGACAGGCCUGGACUGGACAAGAACCCGGACACAACACCUCCCAACACUUAGCCAAACUCCACAACACACCGUCUGAGAUGGUGCCCUCCUCCUCCUCCUCCUCCUCGGGCCGCCGCUGCCAUCGCACCCCCUCGGUGGCAGAGUCCAUGGCGGAGUAUUUUGAUGCCUAUGAGGUGAUCAUGUGUGAGACGUCGUCGGAGGCGGAGGCGUCGGAUGAGUCGGGUCUGAGUGACAUCACCACCACCAGCAACUCUGAGCCGGAGGAGGGACACGCUGCUGCCACUUUCAACUACCGAGCCAGUGUGUCCAGCGCCCCAGAUAAACCAAGCCCAGUUCCCACUAAUACCGGUCGUCGUAUGGUUCUUGAUGCCCCAGGAGGCGACAACAGUCACAUUGGCAUCAUGACCAUAUUGUACAACAACAUCGGGAAGGAUCUGUCCAGGGUGUCCAUGCCGGUUCUUCUCAACGAGCCGCUUUGCCUGCUGCAGAGAGUCAGCGAGGAGCUGGAGUACUGCCACCUGCUGGACAUCGCGAACCACACGGACGACCCCUAUGAGAGAAUGGUUUAUGUGGCAGCGUUCUCCAUCUCCGGCUACGCCUGGGCCUCCUGGAGGAACCACUACAAACCCUUCAACCCUGUCCUGGGAGAGACGUACGAGAGCGACCGCCCGGACCGCGGCUUCCGCUACGUCAGCGAACAGGUCAGCCACCAUCCUCCCAUCUCCGCCUGUCACGCUGAGUCUGAGAACUUCACCUUUUGGCAAGAUCAGAGGUGGAAGAACAAGUUUUGGGGGAAAUCUGUGGAGAUCAUCUCAUCUGGUCCGGUUAAUGUGACUCUACCCAAGUAUGGGGACCACUAUGAGUGGAACAAGGCGGUGACCUGUAUCCACAACGUGUUGAGUCAGCAGAGGUGGUUGGAGCACUAUGGUGAGGUGGUGAUCAGGAACACACAGAGCGACUUGUGCACCUGCAAGAUCACCUUCGUCAAGUCACGAUACUGGAGUUCAGACAGUAGUAAGAAUGAAGUCCAGGGUGUUGUUCUGGACCGGGCAGGCCAGGUGGUCCAUCGCUUUGGAGGUCUGUGGCAUGAGGGCAUCUUCUGUGACACCCUGCCCCACCCACAAUGCAUAUGGAAACCCAAUGUACAGCCUGAUGACUACUUCAAGUACUACGGCUUCUCUCAGUACGCCAGAGAGCUCAACGAACUAACGCCGGAACUCAGGACUGUACUGCCACCUACAGACACACGCUACAGGCCUGACCAAAGACUGCUGGAGGAGGGCAAGGUGGCCGAGGCGGGUAAGAAGAAAGACGAGGUGGAGGAGAAACAGAGGGAGAUGAGGAAGGAGAUGGCCAAGCGAGGAGAGGAGCAUGUACCUCGCUUCUUCAGGAAAGCCCUGGAUGAGGCAGGAAGGGAGGUAUGGCUCUACAAUGGGACCUACUGGAAACUCCGCAAGGACCCUGGCUUCGCCAACACCGAAAACCUGGAGCUGUGGUAGAAUGCAGCACCUAGCUUAAGGCUAACGCUCAUGAGCCAAGCCACAUGGUGGAAUCCCCUAAAAUUAAGCACAAACUGUUAAGUUUCUCCUCUUUCUUGGCGUCAUUGUUUGGUUCUGGGAGAACGUGCAGGAAAAUGACUGGUAACCAUUGCCCCGAUUGAACAAAUUAGCAGCUUAUUUUAUCUUAUAAUAUACAGUAGCCACCACUAACCAGUCUCAGGUUGGAGACUAACCUAGCCUCUAAGCUAAAUCAAAAUGAGGUUAAUCAAGACCAGUUGCAGCCAAGUCCACCAAGCCACCAUUAUUUGUUUUAACACUGAUUUAAAGUAAAGUCACAGGCCUAGCAUAGCAAAAUGUUAGCAAUGCUUAGUAGGCCAGGGCUAAACAAAUGUCUGUUUCUGUUCAAGAUGGUAGAGAUGUAAGGUGAAGGAAAAAUGCCUUUUCAAAGCACAAAUAAACCUCUGAUCAGCUGGUGGGGUACCAGGGAGAGGGAAGGUGCCACGGGAACACAUGAAGACUAAUUUAGACUAAUUUGGGUCUUUUUCAGUGUGUGAUAUUCCCAUAUGACUGCCCUUACCUUCUCAUUGCUCCUCCAUUAUGACGGCAAGAUCUAAAAUCAUCAGCUUGAACUAUGCUGACCAAGAUACCGAACCAAACCCUUCAAAACCUUGUCUCUGCCAGAUUUUACAACAUAUCAUAAUGUCAUGUCACAGUACACCUUGUAGUCUUGUCCAGUUUGUCUGAUUAUUUAAGCAUUGCUUUUGUUCAGCCUUGUUAUAAUUGGUUUGACUAAUGAAAAUGGAGUUUGUAUCAAAAACAGCAGGAGGGUUGAUGCUGAUGAGCGCUUGGUGUUCAUGGGGUACUUAAUAGGUGAGAUGGUGUCACGCUACUUUUUCAGUGGGUCUUUAAAGUGUAUAUAUGUGUUGAUUUGGCUAAUCUUUGUAUUGUUCUGUAUGUGGUUUAAUAAUAGCACAUGGUAAAAUAUUGGUUUUUAGUGGUAACUUCUUUGCGAGCACUGCCGCUACUCCUGCUGGCCCUGCUGACUGUCUGGCCUGUAUGAACCGAGUGAGUUGGCAGACAAGGUUUCCAUCACAGGUUGUCUUUUGGACUUCUUGUUUGUAUUUCUUGUUGAUUUUUUUUCUAACUGCUGUCUCGAGGAUGGAUUCUGGGGAAAAGAAACUUUGUUAAAUUCCAGUGAAUGUUUUUUUGCUUGUUUCAAAUAAAUGGAGG